AUGUCAAAACAACAUCUAAUAAUUGAUAAUGGAUCAUACAAUAUAAAAGCUGGUUUUAAUCUAGAUACAGAAACUACUACUACUACUACCACCAACACAAAUACUGUUGAAGAACAAAAAUUACGAUCAAAACCUAUAAAAAUAUUUAAUGCAAUAACUAAAACAAAAGAUGGUUUAAUUCAUAUAGGUAAUCAAUUUAAAUCACAUUCAAAUGAAUUUACUGGUUUACAAAUUAAAAGACCAUUUGAUCAAGGUCAUUUAACAUCAUGGGAAACAGAAAAACCAAUAUGGGAUUAUACAUUUGAUCAAAUUCAAAAUGAACAUUCCAAAAAAGAGUUUGAUCCUUCUGAAAUAAAUUUAAUUUUAACUGAAACUCCUUUUCAAUUACCUCAAUUAUCUUCAAAUACUGAUCAAAUUAUAUUUGAAGAAUAUGGUUUUAAUGAUUAUUAUAGAUGUAUAUCUGCUUCUUUAGUUCCUUUUAGUAUUGAUCAACAAAAAGUGAAUCGAGAUUUUACAUUAAUUAUAGAUUCAGGUUUUAAUUCUACUUGGAUUAUACCAAUGAUUUAUCAAAAAGUUUAUUGGGAAGGUGUUAAAAAAUUACCAGUUGGUGGGAAUUUAAUUAAUGGUUUAUUAAAAGAAAUUAUAAAUUUUAGACAUUAUGAUAUUUCAGAAGAUCCAAUAUUAAUAAAUACGAUAAAAGAAUCAACUUGUUUUAUAGCAGAAAAUUUUAAUGAAACUUUAUUAAACAAAAGACAACAAAAAUGUGAAUUUGUAUUACCUGAUUUUAAAACUACAACUACUGGAUUUGUUAAAACCAAAAAUAGUCCUUCUAUAUCAUCAGAUUCUCAAAUAUUAAAAUUAUAUGAUGAAAGAUUCAUAAUCCCAGAAACAUUAUAUCAUCCAGAAAUAAUAUUUGAAUUAAAUUCUACAACUGCAUCAAAUCCAAUAAUACAAUCAACUCCAAUAAAAAAUUUAACUGAUUUAAUAGUAUCAAGUAUAAUGUCAUGUCCAGAAAUUACAAGACCUUUAUUAACUUCAAAUAUUGUAUUAGUUGGAGGAACAACAAAUUUAAAAAAUUUUAAAUCAAGAUUAAGCGAUGAAUUAACUAAAGAAUUACCUCAAAAAUGGGUUGUAAAAAUUCAUGAUAAUCCCCCCAAUAUAAAACAAGAUGAAAUGAGUUGGUAUGGUGGAUUAAAUUUAUCAAAUGAUGAAAUUUUAAAUAAAAUAUCAAUUUCAAAAAAGGAUUAUUUUGAACAUGGUAGUAAUUGGUGUCAAAAACAAUUUGGUUUUAAAAGUAUUUAA